GACAGUUACUUCUUUAGUAAAAAAAGCAACCAACAGUUCAAGAUCGUUUUAGAUCUACAUAGUUUAUCUUCGUUUAAGAAGUUUUUUUUAUUUCUCUUCGUUUUUGAAGAUUUUAUUUAAAUCAAUUUUUGGUUUAUCAAAUCAAUUUCUCUGAGGAAACUUUAUCUGUUUAAUAGAUAAAUAUUCAAUCAUGGGUGUUUUAACCUCAGGAAACAUUCGCUCACUUACUUAUGAAGAGAUUCAGAUAUGGAAAGAACACAUAAAGACCCACGGUUUAAUUCAGUUCAUAAACUGGUACAACAAAGUAAAGGAUAUUAACUACGAUACUUUGAAAUGGGGAGAUGAGAUUGAAAUGUUUAUGAUCAAGAUUAUUGAUGAGGAAAAAUCUGCUCCUCUUCUAAAUAAGGCAAAAGACCUUCUUGAAAUAUUACAGCAAGCAGAAAAUGAUAAUCCAGGAGAAACUGAAACAGCCUGGAGACCAGAAAUGUGUGAAUAUAUGAUGGAAUCAUCUCCUGGAAUGCCAUAUGGUGGCAAUAUUGCUCAUUUUAAUACAGUUGAAGCAAAUAUGACACUUAGGAGGAAAGAAUUGUUGUCCCUCUUAAGUGGAAAAGGUGAAAAUGUUGUCACGGUUUCAACAUACCCAAGGCUUGGAAUACCAGAUGAUUUUUACCCACCAAUUCAGUUUAAGUAUGAAAACAAUGACGUAACUCGAUCAUUGUAUGUUCCAGAUGAAGUUCUUAAUCAGCUUCAUCCACGGUUCAGGAACCUAGCAAAAAUGAUAACAAUGCGCAAACAAAGAAAAGUCUACGGGGAAGUUCCAAUUUUCCGAGAUGUCAAUACUCCAAAUCCUUUCCUUGAAGAAGUACCCGAUUUUGCUGUUGAGGAUAAAGCUGUUUUAAAGCCUAACCAUGUUCAUUUAGACUCAGUGGUACUUGGAUUAGGCUGUGGCUGUCUUCAAGUUACCUUUCAAGCAUGUAAUGUUCCAGAGGCUCGUAUUCUAUAUGAUCAACAGGCAGUUCUAGCUCCAAUAGUUAUGGCAUUAUCUGCAAGUUCUCCGUGUAUUAAAGGUUAUUUGCUAGAUACUGAUACAAGGUGGGAAAACAUUUCAAUGAUGUGCGAUGACCGAACCGAGGAAGAGCUUGGUUUGAAACCAUUAAAAGAUCAAAAAUUCCGACUACCAAAAUCAAGAUAUAGCUGUGUUGAUAUGUAUAUUUCUCCUGACGGCGAAGCUUUUAAUGAUAUGCCUAUUUUUUACCACGAAGAGCAUUUAAAGCUUCUUCUUGACGGAGGAAUUGAUGAACAACUUGCAAAACAUGUUGCCCAUCUUUUUACUCGUGAUCCUCUUGCUGUAUACGAAGAAAAACUGCAUAUUAGUGAUGAAGACGAAGUUGAUCAUUUUGAGAAUAUAAAUUCUACAAAUUGGCAAUCUGUUAGAUUUAAACCUCCACCACCAGGAAGUAACAUUGGAUGGAGAGUUGAAAUGAGACCAAUUGAAACUCAACUGACUGACUUUGAAAAUGCUGCAUAUGUCACAUUUGUUGUACUGUUAACUCGAGUUAUUUUAUCCUAUGAUUUAAAUCUCAUUAUUCCAAUGUCAAAAGUUGAAGAAAAUAUGAAAAGAGGCGUAAAGCGCGACGCAGUAUUAGAGCAAAAGUUUUAUUUCAGAAAGAAUCUAGAAAAAUCUGAAAAUGAUGACGCUUCUUAUGAGGAAAUGACCAUGAACGAAAUAAUAAAUGGAAAGGGAAGUGAGUUUCCUGGCCUAAUGAAUGUAAUCGAGUUUUAUCUUAAUCAUUUGGAUAUUGACGUUGAUACAAGGUGUACAAUAAGUCAAUAUCUAACACUAAUAAGAGCCAGGGCGUCAGGAGAGGUAAUGACAACUGCAAAGUGGAUUCGCUCAUUCAUUCGUUCACACCCUUUAUACAAAUUUGACUCAGUUGUUUCCAAAGAAAUUACAUAUGAUCUUAUGAAAAAAUGUGUCAAAAUUAGUAACGGAGAAGAAAGCUGCCCUGAACUGUUUGCUGAUGCAAAAACAAAAACUUGCUCUCAUGUACCCGAAUCUUGUAAAAAAAUGCUGGAAGAAGUCGAAAAAAUUACUAAAUGUAUACGUCAAGAAAGAAAACAAGAGUUAAUAGCUUAACGAUAAUAUAAAAUCUGUAUAAUAAAUUUGGGCUAAUUUUUUCUGUUAAAGUAAUGAAGUGACAUUAAAACAGACAUAAAAUUGAAAUAGCUCUGCGCAUUUAAAACGUUGUUGGUAAAAAAAAAUAUAUAUUUCAAAGUUUCAAGACUGAUGAUCUCGCCAGAUAGUGAAACUUUUAAAUCAAACUUUGUCAAACAAAGGUUUAAUUAUGUAAGUAAUUUAAAAUAAAAAAAGACAUAAAAAAUAUAACUUAUGUAAAUAAAAUAGCAGUAAUAACAUAAACAACAAAAUAGAAAACUUAAAAAAUGUAAAAUAGAAAAUAUUUUAGUCAAUUUUUAACAAAACUGUAAAAAACGUUUUUUUACCACUUGUAUUUAUUAAAGGUUUAUUAAGUGGAAUAAAACAAAUCUAUAAUUUAAA